AUGAAUAGCAUUAAUGAAUAAUAACAAGAUCUAUGUGAGAUUUUUACUUAAAUUAAAGACAUUGAUGAAAAAUUAUUCAUUUUUAUAAUUGAAAUGUUUAAAAAGGAGAAAAUUUUAGACAUUAUAGGAUGUAUUUCAAUUGGCGAAAAUCAAAGAGAUUUUGAAGACUAUAUUUUACAAGGAAUUAAAUUAACACAAGUUGAUAAGGAGUAGAAGUUGUGUGUUGUAAGAAAUAACAUUUAACAAAUUAUUAAUGUAUUAAAAAAAAUAAAGAAUCAUUUCUUUAAUAAAAUAGACUAUUCCACUUAAGGAAAUUAGGAAUCUAGGUAAGAUCUAAUGAAAAGAAUAAGAGAUAAAAAGUAGAUCAUAGAAUUUUUGAAACUUUUAGUUCACCUUACAUCCAUAGAAAAUACAUUUAUAUAAUGUGGGUCAAAUUCUUUAAAUUUAUUAGUUGAAAUGAAGGUUAACCUUACUAAAUAAAAUUUUGAAAAUAUUAAAAUCUACAAUACUUCUUUGGUGGGAGCUAAUUUUGUAAGAUGCAACCUGAGCGGGUCGGAAUUUUUUAAUGUAGAUAUUAGCGGGAUGAAUUUGAAUGGUGCAUAAUUAUUUAAUUGUAAAUGGAACAACAUUAAAAUACAUGAAUUAAAUAAAUUGGAGGGUCAUAGAUAUGGAGUUAAAUCAGUUUGCUUAUCUCCUGAUAUUAUUACAUUAGCAUCUGGUAGUUAUAAAGAAAUUUGUUUAUGGAAUGUGAAGACUGGACAAUAAAUAUCAAAAUUGGAGUGUCAUGAUGAUUGGGUCAAUUCAUUGUGUUUCUCUAAUGAUAAUACUACAUUAGUAUCUGGUAGUAGUGAUAAGUCUAUCCGUUUAUGGGAUGUUAAAACAGGACAAUUAAAAUGCAAAUUAGAUGGUCAUAUUGAUGGAGUCCUAUCAGUAAUUUUUUCUCCUGAUGGAGCCACAUUAGCAUCUGGGAGUUGUGAUAACUCUAUCCUUUUAUGGGAUGCAAACAAAGGACAAUAAAAAUCAAAAUUGGUUGGUCAUAGUAAUUGGAUUCAAUCUGUAUGCUUCUCUCAUAAUAAUACUACAUUAGCAUCUGGUAGCAAUGAUUUCUCUAUUCGUUUAUGGGAUGUUUAGACAGGACAUCAAAAACUAAAAUUUAGUGGUCACUAACAUUAUGUCAUGUAAGUAAGCUUUUCUCCUGAUGAUACUACAUUAGCAUCUUGUAGUAAUGAUAAAUCCAUUCGUUUAUGGGAUGUUAAAACAGGACAACAAAAACAAAAAUUAGAUGGUCAUGUUGAUUAAGUCUUAUCAGCAUGCUUCUCUCCAGAUGGUAUUACAUUAGCAUCUGGUAGUUAUUAAGAAAUUCGUUUAUGGGACGCGAAGACUGGACAAUAAAUAUCAAAAUUGGAGUGUCAUGAUGAUUGGGUCAAUUCAUUAUGUUUCUUUAAUGAUAGUACUACAUUAGUAUCUGGUAGUAGUGAUAAGUCUAUCUGUUUAUGGGAUGUUAAAACACAACUAUAAUUGCCAAAAUUGGAUGGUCAUACUAAUUAAAUUUCCUCGGUAUGCUUUUCUCCUGAUGGGAUUACAUUAGCAUCUGGUAGUGAAGAUAAAUCUAUUCGCCUAUGGGAUGUAAACACAGGAUAAUAAAAAGCAAAAUUAGAAGGUCAUACUAAUUAAGUUUGGUCUGUAUGCUUUUCUCCUGAUGGGAUUACAUUAGCAUCUGGUAGUAAUGAUAGCUCUAUAUAUUUAUGGGAUGUAUAGACGGUACAAUAAAAUUUUAAAUUUGAUUGCAAUAAUCGUUAUCUCUAUUCAGUAUGUUUCUCAUCUGAUAAUACUACUUUAGCAUCUGGUAGUGCUGAUAACUAUAUUUAUUUUUGGGAUGUUAAAACCAAAAAAAAGAUACUGAAAUUGGAUGGUCAUACUAGUUGUGUAAAUUCCGUCUGUUUUUCUCCUGAUGGUACUAUUUUAGCAUCUGGUAGUGCAGAUCAUUCUAUUAGCUUAUGGGAUGUUAAUAAUGGAAAAUAAAAACAAAAAUUGUAUGGUCAUAGUAAUACUGUCCUAUCAGUGCACUUCUCUCCUGAUGGUACUAAAUUAGCAUCAGGGGGUAAUGAUAACUCUAUACGUUUAUGGGAUGUUAAGUCAGCACAUUAAAUACAAAAAUUCGAUGGGCAUAGUAAUUGUAUCAAUUCAGUAAGCUGCUCUCCUGAUGGUACUACAUUAGCAUCAUGCAGCAAUGAUUACUCUAUUCGUUUAUGGGAUAUUAAAACAGGACAAUAAAAAUCAAAAUUAGAUGGUCAUGAAUAAGGUGUCAAUUCAGUAUGUUUCUCCCCAGAUAGUACGACAUUAGCAUCAGCUAGUGCAGAUAACUCUAUCCGUUUAUGGGAUGUCACAACAGGAUAAUAAUAUCCAAAAUUGCAUGGUCAUAAUCUUUAAGUGUGUUUCUCCCAAGAUGGUACUACAUUAGCAUCUCGUAACGAUGAUAAAUCUAUCCGCUUAUGGAAUGUUAGUACAGGAGAAGAAAUUCUAACUACUGAUAAAUUUUAUCAAAAUACUCUAGCCUUAUUUAAAACACCGCUCUUGUUUAAAAACAAUCCUCUUCCAGAAGAUGGUAUUUAUUUUUCAAUUUUCUUUAGUAAACACUAAUAUUACUAUUCUCCGUAUAUCCCAAAAGGCAAUAUUUUAAGCAUAAGGAGCCUUUGUUCUCAAAGGAGAAUUUGUGAAUUAUUAAGGUGUAGAUUUACGAUCAUUAUUGAAAUCUAAAGGAAGUUAUAUUUUGGAAAGUUAAAUAGAAUAAAAAUAAAAAUGA